CCUUAAUUCUGGUAACAAGUGAUCGCGUUUCCAAUCUUGGCUCGUUCCUCUGACUUCCGUCUGGUUGGCUAUGCUGCACGGGCUGAGACCGCGAGGGCGUAGACGUACACCAUGUGGAGGCCUGUCUGUGCGUGUGGGCCGUGUGAGAAUGGCUUCAUACUCCCUACCGUAUCGUCUGGCGGAAAGCGGUCACCAGCAACCGCUACCGUGGUAGUCAUGUCGCUAGCGAUCCAUUGCAACUGAUAAAACCACCAAAUAAUAUAUGGAUACUAUUGAUUAAAGAAUAUUAGAGGAGAGGAAUUGUGGUGGCACUUGAUGCAAACAGUAAACGCUUAAGAGUGGCAACAGCAUGGUUGCGCUCUGUUCGUGUGAUAAGGAGACCGUAAUGGGUGAAUAGAGUAAUCUAGUCGUGCGGCUAUUAGCGAUUAUGUCCCGUCCGUUCUGUUUUGAAACUAUUAGCGGCAAUGACGCCUAAUGCGAUUAUGCGAUGCGCUUAUGUUCCGUGCUAACACAUUGCUGUAAGGCUACAGCGAAUCAGACAGUAGAGCGGCCUCGAGGUCGGCGCUACUAACAAAACCCUCAAAGGUUGUGAGAGACAAAUGAGAGGAGGGCCGCCCACUAAUUAGAGCGUUUGCCUAGCUGAACAACUCGGUAUAUAAGAACUUCUUCUUGCACUCAACUUCAUUGGCACUCUGGUCUUCGGUGAUAAUCUCUCUGAUUCGUGUAGACUGUGUAGGUGUCUUGUAAAGAUCCGAUGGCAAUGGCUGCUGUUGAUACUGUCAGAUGCGAAUCUAGUGCGAACCUAAACGGAUCAUCUGAUACGACCACUUCUCUGCUCAACUUCGUCAACGUUGCGUCGACAAACAUCAAGCUGGCAAUGGAUCGCCCGUGCAAGUCAAGACGCAAGGUCAAUCAUCGACGCUACCUUCAGAAACACUUAAGGAGACCGGCAUCUGCAGGGAGAGCAUCCUCGGCCGGUGUCGAUCAGUUUGCUCUCAACUUGGCGUGGAUGAAUAACCCCGCUAAAGCGUGCGCCAAUGGUGGUGUCAGUCCCUAUGCUAGACAGCAAAACCAGACGCCUGCCGCAACGUCACGACAACUUCAGGCGCGUUACCAACAGCAAAGAGGCAUCGAAACCUCAACAAACGCUGGCGACCAGCUGUGUGAAGUCAUAGCCGCUCUCGAUUGGCUCGACGCUGACGUGGCGGAGCUGUGGGACAAAUGGUCGGACGGAGACGCGAGCUCUUGCUCGGGCAGUGACGGUGCACCUUCGCCUCUCUCGCAGCUCUCGGACAAGGACAUUAGCGAUGUUCUCACUACGAACCCCGAUGCUUCUCUUUCCUCAUCACUUCUAGAGCUGCUCGACCUGCCUGAGAAACCAUACGAGUUGACGCUAGGCAACAGUGCGGCGUUAGACUAUCAAUACCAACAGCAACAACGAAAUGCGUGGCCACAGUUGGGAAAUUGCGGCGCACAAUGGCCGACAAAGUCACAGCAACCCACACCGACCUUUACAUCUUCGGGCACGAAGCCUCUUUCGCACUACUCGCCUUACACAAUCGGAUAUCAGCAGCAGACAAAUAACUUCCUUUCCUGCCGGUUUCAGUGAAAGAUGACUAGAGGUAGGAAUUGAAAAUAGUUUACUACGGAAGCCACGACAAAGCGCUGGAAGCUGCCGCCGACCGAGACUUCGAUUCGGAGACGUUUUAGAGAGACAGGAAAGACAAUUUAUAGAUUUCUAUCAAUUUUAUAAGUUUUAACGCUAUUUGCUGCUUUUGCACGGUAAUUGCUGUUAGUUUUCGAUUAAUAUGAUGUGUAUGGCACCGGUUGCCACAACUCA